GGCGGUUUCCUUGGUUCCUUUACUCCGGUUGAAUUCGCACCGUAUCAAUUAGAUGCACGUCUGGACAACAGAGCAGAGAUCUGGGUACCACUCGGACGGAAGAUGCAACGUUCGUUUGAUUCUUCGUAUAUAAAAGGAUAUUUUUGAAAGAAUUUCUUUGUGAACUCAAAUGUACGUACCGUUUUAUUACAGCCGGUGGCCUGGACCCGCUUAUCUUCCCAGCGUUUAGCAGCUACGGCCGCGUCGGGAUGAACCUCUAGAGAAUUUCUAUCGGUGAGAUAAACUGGAAGGUUUUGUGAGCCAUUUUACGAUUUGAACGCCAUCGCUCGUCUUGGACCCGAAUGAAACCCUGCGCAUUGCAGUGCGGUUUGUUUUUGUUUCGUCUAUUUUGGAUACGGACAUCCCAUCGUCUCCCACGCUCCGGCUAAUCGAUCAUCGAUUACACGGACUUGGGGCAGAUGUCACGCUUUCUUGUGUCCUCAUCACUGUUUCGGACAUCGCUGGCUCUCCCGUGUCCUAAAUGAAAAACAAAUCCUACCCACUAAAAUUCACACCACCAUGGGAGAAGAAUGCUGGUUUUGGAAGGAAACACAAGCCUUGCACGAGGAACCACACCAAAAUAAUAGCCAACCCCGGCAUUGUCAUGAAAGUGCUACGCCGGAAAAAGAUAAUCAUAUUUCUCGCCUAUUUUCUGCUGCUGGCUUUGACUAUGUUGAACCUGGCUAACUACAAAUGGACCAAAGAGCCUCAGCAAUGCAACCAGCCAAUGCAGGGACUGAGCUUCCAAAGCAGAUCAGACGUCCGUUUCAUCUACAAAGCCCCACAGGUGAAGAAAAGGCAGCUUGUGUACGUCUUGACCACUUGGAGAUCUGGGUCUUCUUUCUUUGGGGAGCUCUUCAACCAAAACCCUGAUGUGUUCUUCUUGUAUGAACCAAUGUGGCAUAUUUGGCAAAAGCUGUACCCAGGGGAUGCCGUGUCUCUCCAAGGAGCUGCCAGGGACAUGCUGAGCUCGCUUUACAGAUGCGAUUUCUCUGUUUUUCAGUUGUACAACACCCCAGGGGGACGGAACAUAACAUCUCUUGGACUGUUCGGUGCCACUCUCAAUAAAGUAAUCUGUUCAUACCCUCUCUGUGCGUCCUAUAGAAAAGAGGUAGUGGGGAUGGUGGAUGAUAAAGUUUGUAAAAAGUGUCCCCCGCAGAACCUCCAACUUCUAGAGGAGGAAUGUUUAAAAUACAACACUAUAGUUAUCAAGGGAGUGCGUAUUUUGGAUAUUCAUGUUCUGGGACCUUUGAUGGAGGACCCCUCUUUGAAUCUAAAAGUAAUCCAUUUGGUUCGAGAUCCCAGGGCAGUGGCAAACUCCAGGAUUAAAUCUAGACACGGACUGAUCCGAGAGAAUUUGCAAGUGGUACGCAGCAGAGACCCAAAGCUUCGUCGUGUGCCAUUCGUGGAUGCGAACCAUAAAAUGAACAAAAAAGAUGGUUCGGACUAUCACUCCAUAGGAGCCAUGGAGGUCAUCUGCGAGCGGAUGACCAAAACUCUACAGACUGCCCUCCAUCCACCCAGGUGGUUUAAGGGAAAAUACAUGACUGUACGUUAUGAGGACUUGGUGGAGAACCCUGUUAAAACUGUUCAGAAUGUUUAUCGCUUUGUUAACCUUUCAGCCAACCACAACAUUGAGAUCUUCGCUAUGAAUAUGACCACAGGAACGAGCGCCUCCACAAAACCGUUUAUUGUGUCCUCCAGAAACGCCACGCAAGCGGCUAACGCCUGGAGAACUGUGCUUAGCUACCAGCAAAUCAGACAGGUGGAGGAGUACUGUCAGCAUGCAAUGUCUCUACUCGGAUACCUGCGUGUGCGGACGGCCGCAGACGCGAAAGAUUUGAGCAGAUCAUUAUUGACACUUCCUAAAAUAUAGACGUCGCCAAAGACAUUUUAUUGAAGUCACUGUAUUUGCAUUUGUGCUGAAAGCAGCCUUUUUAUUCAAUCAAAACAACUGUUAUUUAUGUUCAGUGCUUAAUUGCCCUGUGGAAUGUAUCUGUUUGCAAUGUACUCUACACAGCCAUUUAUGUUGGGACCAGAAUAUUGUCUGUACAUCGCCAGAUGUUUGACCAAAUAAGAGCAAAAACAGUACCAUGUGUAUGAUGUGUCAUUAAUCAUUAAAGCUAUGCCAAGAUGUUUAUUUAAUUAAAACAUUUGGACUUUG